CUCUGAGCUGUGGGGUAUGCAGUAGUUGAGUCUUUAGCGGAACGCAGAGGGGAAAAAAAGAAACAGUAGUCGUGUUUGCUGGCUGUAGAAGGAGUCCGGUUAUCUGUGUUGAGCCUGUGUUAUCAUGGCUGGAUGGUGCAGGAACCCACUGCUGGUGGCCAUUCCUCUGUGGAUGAGUUUCGGGAGAGCUGCGGCUCUUGCUGAGCCUCAGAUCUGUUAUAUCCUGGAUGGCAUCCUGUUUUUGUACGGCAUCAUCCUGACAGCUCUCUACUGCAAAGUCAAGAUCUCCAAUGCUAAAGAGGCUGCUGCAGGGAAAGGAAAGCCAAAGCAGAAUGUUGAAGAGGGCAUAUAUACGGGUCUGACUCCUCAUGUGACGGACACGUAUGAAACAAUUGGCAUGAAGAAGUGAUGGUUUUUUUUUUUUUUUUUUUGUAUUUAAAUGUUGCACGUCAUACUCAGCUUAUAUUUCCAAGAAUGUAUGAGAUUUGUGUACACCGUGUGUUACUGCCAUUUUUGCUUUUAUAGAUUCUAGAGGAAGUUUGGAAGGAGUCAGAAACGGGGAAGUUGAGGCUGACACAGGCGUCUGCGAGAAAUGCUCUGUCCUUACUUUCAUUAUUCGGCUACAUAUAUUUAACAGUAACACAAACUUAUCUUUAUCACGUUAAAGCUUCAGAGACAUUUGAUAUUAUAACGCUCAGAAAUAUUUUUAAAAAGUUGAUCUUUGCUUGAUAUUUUAUAUAUAUUUUUAAUAUAGAAAAGCUAUAAUGCCCAACUCACUUCCUCUUUUUUUUUUAAUUUUGUUUUUGCCCAUUUGUGUGAACAUGAGACUGCGUAUGCUUUCGUUUUAUUUCUUGGAACCACAAGUUCUGCUAUUAAAAGCAAAAGCAAUAAUUUUUUGAAAACUACCUGAGUUUAAGAUGGUGAAGAUGGUCAAGGAGUGUAAAAAAAUUCAAUGUGCCUAUCCUUUUUCACCUCUAUUAUUGUAGGGUCUUUACUUUACUAUAUAAAGCACUUAAGGUGACUGUUGUUGUGAUUUGGCGCAAUAAGAAUAAAAUUAAAAUGAAUUGAAUCGCGUUAAUCUGCAGUAUUUCCUGUAGACCACAGGAUGGCAGUGAUGGUGUCUUUACCUAAAAUCAUAAAGGUUAUUUUGUAUCUAAACUUAUGCCUGUAGAUGCCGUAGAACUGUUACAUGUA